CCCACCCCUCCCUCCCAAGACACGGACUGCAAGUUGGUGGGGAGCUCAUCAUGACUUUCAACGCACCAAAGCCUUGUCACAAAAGGAGCGCUGGAGAGAUGGGUGGGGGUGAGUAAGGGGGGGGGGGACCCACGCUCAGUCUCUUAUUACACCUUGCACACUCUUUUAAGAGGACCCACGAAAAGAAGCCACCAAGACGUGGACGCUCAACAACCCCAGCAAUUUAUUUUUAUUUUUUAGUUUUUAAAUUUCAGCUGACUUGAGUCGUUCCAUGUGAUCAUUAACGCGCUCAACUCCACAUCUUUCUUUCUUUCUUUCAAAUCCAUGACGCCAAGUUGCUCGUCUCAUUUCCUUCACGCCAACUUGGAGCCAUGAACGCCUCCUCCUUCCUCGACGCCACGCACGGGGCGCUCCUCCAAGGCAGCCAGACUCUGGCGGGGACGCUGGCCGCCUACUCGGGCAACGGCAGCGAGCAGGCGGUGACCGGCGACGGCGGUGCGGGCGGCGGCGGCGGCGUGGGAGCCGGCGGAGGCUCCCUUGUUCUCCUGCAGGAGGAGCGCAAACUGCUGGUGAUGCGCGUGGUGCAGAUCGCCGUGCUGUGCGUGCUGUCGCUCACGGUGCUCUUCGGGGUCUUCUUCCUGGGAUGCAACUUGAUGAUUAAGUCCGAGAGCAUGAUCAACUUCCUGGUGAAGGAGCGCCGGCCCUCCAAGGACGUGGAGACCGGAAUGAUCGGACUCACAUAAAAGGGGAGCAAGGGAGCGGAGCCGAGGUCUUAUCUGCAUGAACCUCCUUUCCUGUCUGUCAAUCAGUGAAAAUUAGAUAUGCAAAACGGUCACGUCUCCUUCCAAGUGACUCCAAAGGAGUAGCCUUUGUGCGUAAAGUUUGUGCGUAAAAGCAGCCAACUGUUGACGCGCGGAGCGUUCAAGUGAGUUUCAACGUUGCCAACUUGAACAAAAAAAGCGACAACAAAUGUUUACAAGCCGUUACCUCACGUCCGUGUCGCGUUUGUACUUUGGGGUAGUUGUAUUUUCCUGAAUGUUUUGACACGAAGGCAUGGUGUAUUGUUUUUGCGGUCUCCUGUCUUCUGCGUGCGGAUAAAACAUUUUUUUUUCCACCUCAUAGUUGCGCAAAUAAAGGAAACACGGGACAAAUGUUGCACGUUUUGAUGCACACACUCGUUUUGGACAGCUUUAUGGAUUGAUGCUGCUGUACUUUAUAUGUUUGGCAUGCUCGCUGCUUGGUGCAUAAAAAGUCUGUUUUUGCACUUUGGAAACAAUAUGAUGCAUGAAGUCUUUUUUAUGUACCGAUGGAGAUUGCAAACAAAAAAAAUAACAAGAGCACAUUAAUGUUGACUGAUAGAUGAACGUGUGAUUAAGGAUAUGGAAAUUCUUCAUUAAAAACACUCCAUUUUGCAAC